AGGACACGCCCUCAGAAAGUGAGAGCUGAGCACGCAGCCGCAGAGAAGAGGACUCAUUGACUGAGUUAUGUGAGUAUCCGAGGACCCUAUAGGAAGCGUGGACACACUCUGUUCCGUGGGAUUAACUCGUCACCUUCACACACUUCAAACGAACUCAAGAACCGGCAGAGGACCGGCAAACAAGUCCAGAGUCGUUGAACUUACUAGCUGCGUUCUCAGUCACGGCCGGAUGACGAGCCUGCAGAUGAGCGCGCAGGAGGAGAUGGUGGAGAAGUUUCUGGAUGCUGCCGCCAGAGGCGACCUGAGCCAGCUGUCAGCUCUGCUGUCCCACAGCCCCUCCCUCCUUAACCAGACUGGAUACAGCGGCUGGACGGCGCUGAUGCUAGCCACACGCAACGGCCACCAUCAUGUGGCGGAGAAGCUGCUGUCACUCGGCUGCAACAAGCUCUGCACAAACAGCUCGUCUCAGACCGCCUACGACAUCGCUAAGUUCUGGGGUCACGGACACAUCGCCCGGCUCCUGAGCCGCGCGGACGACGGCACCCUGCAUGGCAGCACGCUCCACCCGCAGGAGAACUACUUCAGCAGGGAGACGCUGGACCGGCUUAGUGGGAAGAGGAGCGACGCGGGUUGGUUAGAAGCCAAACAGAGAGACCCGGACACAGUCUACCUCCUGUUCUCCAACCUCAGCCCCAUGGCAACCGUGACCAAGGACACCAGCGGAGACGGGGCAGACCUCAAACUGUGCCGGUUCAGGUACAACGCAGUGAAGGACCUUCUCCAGAAACCUGCGACUGUACUCAUCUUCCUCGGUGCUGAGAGGACAAAGAACUCUUCCUCCUCCUCCUCUCAGAUGGAGCCAGGUACCCCAGAUACUCCGGUUUGGUUUGCCAUCAACGCCGAUGAAGAUGCGGCGGAGUUACUGAAACGCUGUGAAGACAACGGCUGCUUCUUCCCAAAGACCCCAAACCGUGACCUCCUGAGACUCGAUGAGGAAGAGGCCGGCGUGGUGGCCCAGGCCCGCUCCGUCCUGGCCUGGCACAGCCGCUACAGCUUCUGCCCCACCUGUGGGAGCCCCACCAGCCUGCAGGAGGGGGGGCACAAGAGGAGCUGCCUGAACCCUGAGUGCAGGAGCCUGAAGGGCGUCCACAAUACCUGCUACCCACGAGUCGACCCGGUUGUCAUCAUGCUGGUGAUCCACCCUGAUGGAAACCAGUGCCUGCUGGGUAGGAAGAGCAUCUUCCCUGCACGCAUGUUCUCCUGCUUGGCCGGAUUCGUAGAGCCUGGGGAGACCAUCGAGGAGGCGGUGAGGAGGGAGGUGGAGGAGGAGAGCGGGGUGAAGGUUGGUCCAGUCCAGUAUGUGUCCUGCCAGCCCUGGCCGAUGCCCUCCAGCCUCAUGAUUGGCUGCCAUGCCAUCGCCACGUCCACUGACAUCAAAGUGGACGAGGAUGAGAUUGAGGAUGCCCGAUGGUUUCCACGACAACAGGUGGUGGACUCGAUGUUCAGAGGAGCUCACCAGACCUUAGUCAUCCCUCCCAGACAGACCAUCGCCCAUCAGCUGAUCAGACACUGGAUCGGCAUCAACUCCAACCUCUAACAUUCAGAAACGCAAAGCUCUGCACGUGCUCCACAAACACAAAAAAAACAAACAAACACAAAGAUUCAGACACGUUUUACCUUUUCGUGAUAAAUAUUUCUCCACUUAUUUUGAAAGUUGGCAGACAACCAUUUGAAUAAAUGUUCUGAGGCGAAUAAAAUGUGUUGGAAAAACGCAUGUCCAACAAAACCAUGUGAGUCUGUUGAUCCAUUUUCAAAGUGUUGUAACAACCAGCAUGAAAAUAGAGUAUUUACAAAAAAUUAA